AUGGCAAAGGUUAAGAUACCGCUUAUUGACCUCCUCCGAGAAAGUUUGCUUUUCACACUCAAGAACGACUCGUACAGACUUGAUCCUCCCAAUGUGGUGAAGGAGGCCUCGAGGACCGACUUGACGGCCAGGCUGCAGGUGCAAGGACAGGGCUGGGGUUCACGCUCUAGAUCGAGGGUAGAAAAGAGCAGAGGUUUUGGUGCUGCUUUUGGUGGGGAUGGAGAUGGAGCUUUACCAUCUGGAUAG